AUGGCGGAGGAAUAUCAUGUUGAACAGCCGAUAAAACAUCUUUCAUGCCCCGAUAUUGCCGCAUUCGAGAAAUCGGAGAAAAUCAAAGCCCAUGCCAAAAAGUACAAGGCAUCAGGAAUUGAUAAUACACGUGUCAGUCAAGUCGAGCGAAAUUUUGGUUUCGAUCGCGGGUUGAUUCCUGCGCAAAUCCUGGGUGCGUCCCAUUUCAGUGGAGAGCUAAUGUUCCUGAUGUCUUGGAAAAAUAAUAAUCUUAUUGGACUGGUGCCUGCCAACCUGGCCAACAUUAAAUGUCCACAAGUCGUUAUUGAAUUUUACGAGGCGCGUCUCAUUUGGAAUGACGAAAUUGACAAAACAACAUAAAAACCGUCUAGCUGUGAAAAGGAAGAAUGCAAUAAAGAUCGAUUUGAAGGACGUUGAGUAAUAAACGGUAAACGGAGGAGUAAUCGGUUAACGUAUACAUAUGUCAUAUGUAUAUGUAUUGUGUA